AUGGAUCCAGAACCUGAGGAGGCCGGAGUGGCAACGCCGCACCCUGACUCUGAUCCCGAGCCCAACUCCACGUCCCCCGCACCGCCCUCGGACCCAGAAUCCACCGAACCUAUCGAACCAAAUAUCCGAAGUUCCUCCUCCUCAGCAAACUCCCGCCCAAUCUCAGGCGUAGUCCCUCCUUACUGGCACUGCCACGACCGCAACGGUUCACACGCCUCGCAGUCGUCAUUACGGGGAAUCACACUCGAAGAUCAUACCGCGGACCCAGACUCGGAGACUAGUCGGGGACUAUGGGCGCGCAGCGUAUCGAUUGAUGAUUAUGUUGUUGUUCGUGGGAUGACGGGGGUGGGGUCGUAUGUCGUUUGGAAUUGUAGGAUUCAAACGCUGGAUGGUGGUCCCAUCGUUGUUCGAAUGAGAUACUCUGAGUUUGAUGACUUGCGCCAAAGGCUCGAUGCUUCGUUCCCGCAUGCGAGGAGUGCGAUGCCUGCGUUGCCGCCAAAGAGUGUGCUCUUCAAAUUUCGACCUAAGUUCCUGGAGUCAAGGCGCGUGGGCCUGGAAUAUUUUCUCAAGUGA